AUGGCGGCCGCCGGAGCCUUCGUCUGCCCGCGCUGCCGCAUGGCCUUCGGCUCCCGUGCGCUGCUAAGGGCGCACCACGAGCGGCUGUGCCUCGGCGGGCCGGGGGAAGAGCCGGGAAGGACGGAGGGACUGCGGGACCCCUCGGUAGUGCGGGGCCGGGCUUGGGCGCGGGGCGGGGACGCGUCCGCGGGCGAGAACGCGGGCUGCGGCCGCGGCUCCUCCGAGAGCAGCCGUGCCGCCCGUCCGUCUGUUGUUGAGCAGUUCCCGCCCUCCCGUCCCGUUUGCCUCUUCAAGGUCGCGGUGUCCCGGCACGAGGAUCGCCCCAAGCACCGCCGUCUGCUCCCGCUCUCCGGGCUCCCUCGCUUCUCUGUGGGACGUGAGGGCCCGGGGCGAGCCCGCGGCGCACCGCUGGGUGACGUUCUCACGCCCCGCGAGCGGGCGCUGCUCCGUGCCCCCGCUGCCAGCCGGCCAGUAGAGCGGGGAGAGCCCGGCCCGCCGCGAGGGGACCCACGGGCACCGGAGCUGCUGGAGGCUCAUCAGCGCCACGUGGCUGAAAUCCGGGCCAAGACACAACAGCUAGAGCGGCACAGAGAGCAGCUGUGCCAGCAGCUGGCAUUGCUGUGCAACAAGCAUCUGUCACCAGAAAUGAGUUGGGCUGCAGAGCUGCUGCCAGACAAAGCUGGACACCAGCACCGAGGGGAUGCCCUUCACCUCGAUGCCCUCCUGCCGCCCUCUGGGCCGCUGGCAGCUGAGGCCAGGGCUCUGCGGCUCUCCUACCUGCGUGCUGGUGGCCGUGAUGAGGCCACCCUGGCACAGAUGUUAGACCUCCAGCUGGAGGCCAUGGCACUAGAGAAAAAGGCUGCACAGAAGAUGAGCAAGUACCAGCCCCAGCACAGAGCCCAGGGGCGGGAUACCAUCACUGUUGAGGCGGCACGGGGCCUCGAUGCGGCGCUGGUGGCUGUGGAGCUGGAGAACCAGCGGCUCGAGGAUGAACUCCUGGCAUUGAAGGUCCGGAGGGAGAUGCGAGCUGAUGUUGGAUCGCUGGCAGCCCGGCAGAAUGCAGAGCUGGCUCAGCUGAAGGCAAAUGUGGAGAUGCUGCUGCGACACCAGGCAGAGGGGAUGGGGCCGCGCCUGCCCCCAGCCGUCCUCCCACCGCCCGUGGCCCCUCCGCUCCCUCCAGCCUUAGCUCAGGCGGAGCCACUAAGGACAAGCAGCCUCACAGCCUCCAGCCGCCCACUUGCGCCCUCCAACCUCCCCGGCAUCUUCUUUGGAGCCCUGGAUGACCCCCCUCCUACUCAGGAGGCACCAGCUCAGCACAAAAGCCCUGAGAGACACAUCUCAAGGUACAUUUAGGAAAAGCUUAACAGGAGGCAUUCAAGGCUCAAACCAAGGAGCAGCAAAACCCAUGGCAAGAGAUUUCCUCUAUCAUCCUGGGGCUCGUGGUGGGUGUGUGAAAUAAAUGGCUUCUACCUACA